AUUGCGUCACCCGCCAAUACAGACUCAGUGUUAUCCUGGCCGGCAGUGAGGGUGGGUGUGCUGCUCUGUUUCGUCUCGGUGUCACAUCUUUAUUACCUUACCUCUUCACUAUGGGCAUCCUGAUCGCCAAGCUGUGGAGCCUCUUUGGCAAUGAAGAACACAAGAUCGUGAUGGUGGGUCUGGACAAUGCAGGCAAGACCACCAUCCUGUACCAGCUGCUGAUGAACGAGGUGGUACACACGUCCCCCACCAUCGGCAGCAACGUGGAGGAGGUGGUGUGGAAGAACCUGCACUUCAUCAUGUGGGACUUGGGUGGCCAGGAGUCCCUCAGAUCAGCAUGGAACACUUACUAUACAAACACUGAGUUUGUCAUCCUGGUGAUAGACUCCACUGACCGGGAGCGGCUGAGCAUCACAAGGGAGGAGCUGUACAAGAUGCUGGCCCACGAGGAGCUGUCCAGGGCGGCUGUGCUCAUCUACGCCAACAAGCAGGAUGUCAAGGGGUCCAUGAGUGCUGCUGAGAUCUCACGGCUACUCAACCUCACCUCAGUCAAGAAGCACCGGUGGCAGAUCCAGGGAUGCUGUGCACUGACUGGAGAGGGGUUGUACCAAGGCUUGGAGUGGAUCGGCAGUACUUUAAAAAGCAAAUGACGAAGCUACAAGCCAGUAGUCAGCAGUGUUGCCCGUCAGCUGUGAUGGUGCUGGAGUGUGUGCAGUGUGAGUUUGUAUGAGUGGUGGUUUGUGUUUAUGACAGACUCACAGUUGUGCUUAAGUUAUUUGAACCAUGACGAUAAAUGUGUGUGUGUGUGUGAGAAUUUGGUGAGUCUGUAAUACUGUUAUGUAAUGUAAUACAAGUUUUAUGUAACUGAAAAUUAUGUUCAGGUUUUUAUAGCAGUGUGUGUGUGUGUGUGUGUGUGUGUGUGUGUGUGUGUGUGUGUGUGUGUGUGUGUGUGUGUGUGUGUACAUGCAUGCAUGUGCAAGUGCAUGUAAGUGUUGUAAAAGCUGUUUGCUAUUUAAAUCAGUGCAGUAGCCUUGUUUGCACAGGUGUGUGUGUGUGUGUGUGUGUGUGUGAGUGAGUAUGAAAGAGAAGCUUACAUGCUCUCAAGUUUCUUCAUCCAGACUUGAGGAAAGUUAUGAGUGAGUGAGUCCUUCCAUUUUUUUUCUCAUGGUUCCAUUGACGUCUUUGGCAGUUUAUUAAUAUGAUAUUUUAGAUCCCAUUUAGCUUCAUUUUUUAGUCUUUCAUUGUAAUCAUAAGAGUAGCAGUAGUAGCACACCAUCAGCAUUUGUUGCAUAAUGUCAUCUUUACAUGAGUUUCGUCUCAUUUCAGCGUUGGUUUUCACAGUUGUUCAUUGAGUCAUUGUGUCUUUUUCUAAGGUCACUGGGACGAGAUGUGAGUGUUUUCAAGUGUGUGUGUCAAGUCGAAUGUUGUUGUCGUGAUUAGUCACUCAUGAAAAAGGUUGCACUACAUGAAAAUCAGCCACCCCAGCUCUUUUUUGGUAAGGGCUAAGUUAUGUAUCUUAUCUCUUUCUAUCUAUACAGUCUAGCUUAACUUCACCUGGGAUGGCCUAGGUUGGCCAAGUCAUCUGUGUUAGUUUAUCCCUUAAUAUCUCCUGCUGCCUCCAUUUCUUUAUCUGUAUGUAGUUAACCUAAUUUGAUUUAACCUAACCUGACCUGGCUAACAUAACCUAACUCACCCUGCUAAUAGUUGAUCUUUUUAUGAUCCUGUACAGCAGACAAAAAGAGCAAUUUUCAUUCUGCUGAGUUCUCCAGUGGCUGUUGUUACAUUUAAUUCAGGCAUUUGGUUCAAGAGAAUUAGGACUAUUUGAUUUGGUAUUGUCACAUUUACUUGUGCCACAAACCUGAGGGGAAUUGAGGGUCAUCAUAUUUUCUGGGGACACAAACUUGCUUUCCUUCUUAAGUCUAGAGUUUCAGUUUUGGAUGUGUGCCAAAGUUAUCAUACUGUGAGGUGUACUGUGGCCUGGGACUGCCUUUGUAUGAGUAUCUUAGCAAUUGGUCACACCAUUCACCAUCUUUCCUCCUGCUGACGCCAUGUUGGUGCUCCCACAAAAGGCGUAUUUUCAUAGUCCUAAACCUCACUUUUUUAGGCUUUAGUGGAAAUAAUUAAGAUUUUCAAGGAUGUUGCCAUGAUGGUAGUGAUAGUUUAAGAAGGAUUAUGAACUAUCAAGGGGAAAAACAUCCAUAAAAAAAGGUUAGUCAUCUCUGUGACCUUUGAAAAUAAUCGUAAUGAGUGAACCAUACAUUUAGAAUAUGGGGCAUGGUGAGACUAUUCAUUGCACUGGGUCAUCUUUGAAUGUUUCCUAAUACCUGUGUAUAUUAAUUCAUAUCUCGCAUCACCACCAUUCAUAACUCAGGACUGUUGCUUUUUCUUGUGCUGAAUGUGUAUCUUGAGGACUGCAGAGAGGAUAAGUCAGUCAUUAGUUUUCCAUGGACACACAGCCUUCUGGUGUUGAAGUAUGAUAUCUAAGUGUAUGAUCUCCAGUAUGUUAUUCCAACCUUAUUUUGCACCAUGUUUAAAAUCAACCUAAAUAAUGUAUUAGAUAUUAUUCAAAGACAGCAAAACAUCAGAUCCAUCCCUUCAUGUUAAGCCUAACUAACUAACUUGGCCUGACAUAGAUCUCUUUUCCUGUGUGGGGAUUCCUGUGUGUCUCGGUAGAUGGGUCAAGGUGGCAGGUCCAGGGGAAGGAGAAGUAGCCUGUGACACAUUCCAUUAAUUCCUUGUUUGCUGCUUUGUGAGUUGUGACAUCAGUGUGAGUGGAAGGAGUGGGUGCUUCAGUUGUAGUCAGAUGUGGAUUAAAUUUCCACACUCCCAUUGUUCAUUGUUUCCCAGAAUUUUAAAUUUCUCAAUCUGCUGGUAGUCUUAUAGUGUCUAACACUAUAACAAGUGAGUAUUAGCAGAACAGAGGACGUAAAGGUGAAGAGAGAAUGGUGAGUGCAUGAGAAGUAUGGAGUUGACUAUAACUUUACCUCCACUUGGUCUGUCUGUUGAGGCAGACAUCAGACAUUGUUUCUUUGUCUCCAGUUUGACCCUUUGAUGUGUGUGUGUGUGUGUGUGUGUGUGUGUGUGUGUGUGUGUUACAGAGUGACCACAGGUGGGCCACUCUUUGCUUCCCUAAUUCUCUUAACUAUUGUUCACAUUGUCCAUUAUAUAAAAAAAAAUUAAAAUAUCUUCCCUUUCUUACUGUUGAUGAAAUACUUUAGUGUGGUGUGUGAAGCAUAAAUGGCAAUAACUUGUCUACUUUGCCUCACAUUUUCCUUACCAAUGCAGCCUUGAGAGAAAUUUUGAGUUAGUCAUGAUGUCUUUUAUUGCUACUCUAGUCAUUUAGAACAAAGUCAAUAGUUGUCGUGUUCGUGCUAAUUUUUGGGGAUGAAUGAAUUGAAUAUGUGCCGCUGAGGCUGACGGGUGAGUCACUUCUCCGAAUUCUGCCCUUAGGAAAUUCUCUCCAUGAAAACCCACUUCAAAAAUAUCAGUCAAGAUAAUUUUCCCCAUGAUAAACUCCCCUAAUCUAACAUAACCUAACCUAUCUAGGGGUAACUUACUUAUGGAGAAGUCUUGUGAGUGGAACUUUCAUGGAGGAAAUUUUCCAUGGGGAGGAAAUGUACAUUAUACAGGCUAGGCAUGUGUGGUGUUGUACAGUGUGCUGGACUGAGGGGGCAUGUGUAGCAUCAGACGCCCAUGUGUGUGCUGGUUCCUGGAUCCUGAGGCUUUGUGAACAGUGACAGUGCUGGUGUGGGUGACCAUCUGUAACCUUGGACAUCAAUAUGUUACUUGACACUGAACUCUGUGUUAGCAGUGGAGUGAAGGACCCAUUCUCUAGUACAACAUGUGCAAUAUUUACCUGGAUGAUUACUGCUGAAUGAAGGAACCUGUUGGUUUGUUCCCAACACCUAAAGAUCUAUCCCAUAGUGAAGGUUAUUUAUUUUUUUACUGAAUUAAAUGUCACUUAAGAACCUCCUUGUGUUACUUCAUGACAUGAAUAUCAUAACCAAGUGUGUGCUGUGAUGCAAGGUUAGGAGGUUGUUAUGUGGUGCUGUUCAGGUUAGAAAUGCUUGUCACUUUGGGGUGUUGAAUGUUUAGGUGAUCCAGCUAUUUUAUAUUGCCUAUUGUGCUGCAGGCUAAGGUAAAGUGUAAACUGGUGAAGUGAAUGCUAUUGUUCUGCUAACUUUCCUUCAUGGUGUGUACAUAUUGAUGUGUUUGGGUGGUGACCUUGAAUGAGUCACUUAUGCUUGAAUCUCAAUUUCUGUUACAAAGGCAAAGAACAUAAUGAUGUGCUUGGAAGACUACAAGCUUAUCACAAGAUGCCAAUGAGUUGUCAGUAGUAACUUCUGCUGCUGUUGUAAGGGUUUCAUCAUUCCUAGACCAUGAUUUUAAGAACCUUCACCCCAAGGACUGACUGCACUCUGAAAUGUUUCAGCACCUUAUGUUAUCUACUUUCAGCAGGUUGCAGUGGAAGUUAUUAGGGUUCUCAAGGAUGUCCUCUUAGCUGUAGUAAUAUUCUAACAAUUUUUUGGUAUCGUGAGUUGGAAAAGAUGCCCAUGAAAACCAAGCUAAUCUCUGUGGCCUUUGAAAAUUCCCAUAAUGAGACUCUAAGGUGUUGCAAAAUAUGAGCCUAAGACGCCCUGCUGUGGCUGGUCACCAUGUACAUGAUGGGGAGUCUUGCUGUCUUCAUUCAGGAAUGAAUUAGGUUGUGCUUAUGGGGCAGUUUGAUGGUCUGAGAAAACUGAUACAAGUGCCCAAAUGUAACCAGUCCUCAGUUUUGUCAUUUUCUCUGCAAAGUAUCUGACACUAACACAUUUGCAUCAUCUUUGAGGCUUUAUAGAAGACCUGACAUGCUUGGACAAGGGCUUAGUUUAGCCGUCUCUAAAGCACAGUGGUGGACUGUGGAACUUGCCCUUUGUCUUGUGAAAGUGGCAAAUUUUUUGCAAAUGUUGAGGUGCUCCUGUGUCUCCACUCUACCUGGGCUUGUUACUGACAAGGUGCUUGGAAAUGUGCAUACUUCAGAGCAAGCACUCUUGUUGACAUUCAAGGUAUAUUUUUUAGUUUGAAGUAUUUAUUUAAAAGAUGAAUGUACAUGAAGGCAAGUUAGGAGGGGACUGUGUUCAUCUUGAGUAGCUGUUUGGAAUCUAAAUUUAUCCUCAAAGUUUUAUUCCAUGACAUUCAUUUAACCACAAAAAUUAGGUCUUUUAAAAUUUUACAUCCUGAUCACAGAUGGAUGUUGGAAAUUUUAAGUUUUUAAUCUUCAUUAUACCAAACUGAAAUUCCCAUUAGAAAUAAUUAAUAUGAGGGGAAGAUUCAAUAAAUGAAGAAAGCCAGUGCCACAAACAUCUGCCACAGCUGCUGAGGGUGACCGCAGACUCUCCUGAGAAGCCUGUCAUGUUCCUCAGCUCCUGAAGGAAGGAGUUUGGUCCAUUAGAUUAAUCACACUCUUGUCAAGUCUGACAGGCAUUGUUGGAUAAAAGUGAAUGUGUUGCUUCGGGGAACAAUGGGAACUUUUGAUACUGUGCAUGUGGUAUCUUUUGUGACCAUUACAGUUUUAUAUCAUCUGACUCAGUAUUAAGCAAGUUUUUAGACAUUUUGUACAUACAGAAUCAAGAGUUAACGAUGCAUGGGUUUUAUAUGAUUGAGUUCAGUCUCGUUCAUUCAAGACCUGGAUCUCCAGCUUCCAGUUAGGACACCAGACUUGUGAACAAACUUUUGCUUAUAAACAAGAUGAGUGCAAAAGUUAUCCAUACAUUUAGUCACUGCUCAUUUAGAUAAUGUAACAAUAAUAAUCUCAGUUUAGUCAUACAUAGAAGAACACAAGAAUACAGUGAAUAUAAUAUCAGUUGAUGCUCUAGGAGUAUUUCUUGUGGGGUUUUUUACUAUUCACGAGUUCAAUAAAUACAUAUCUUUUCUAUACAUAUGAAUGUAAGUGUUUUGAUGUGGAGGAAGUAAUUUUUUGAUAAGCGGCCACAUUUCCUAGCUCCUGUUGAAAUGUGAGAGAGAGAGAGAGAGAGAAUGUAAGAGCAUCCUUUUACUACUGUUGUUUUCCCCACCUCUGUCUACACACAUUCAUUCUGUCUUCAGUGAAAGAUUUUUUUUUUUUUUUAACUCCUGUUGAAAUAUGAUGUGAGAGAAAGAGAACAUACUCUUAUCAUUGACCCAUAGCUGUUUUCCCCAUCUCUGUCUACACAAACUCAUUCUGUCUACACACACAUGGCUCCCCAUCCCCUCCACGGUGACCCUCCCUCCCGCCCUCACGGUGGCGGCGGCGGCGAGGGAGGCACAGCUGGUGGGGGCGAGGAGGGGCCGCCACAGCCACACUCAGCCGUGGCUCAACACAGACACUUACUGCUGUUUUAUAUGUGUCAUGUACUGUACCAUGUUUCAUAAAGUGUAUAUAGGAAAAAGAAGUUGUAUAUUUUCAAUAAGAAUAAUUUUA